GAUGGCCUACUUUUGGAACGUGCUGCGGGAGGAGAUCAACGGCACCUUGGAGGACUUCCGCGAGAAGGGCGCCUGGGGCGCCUUCAAGGACGCCAGCUUGGAUGCCGUGGACCUCAUCCAGGACGCAGGAAGCGGCGCCCUGGUGGACAGCACCGCGCAGCUGCUGGCGCUGGAGCGGCCCACCCUGCGGCGCCCGCCCGGGCUGCCGCUGCCGCAGCACGGGGAUGAGGUGCCCAUCUCAUUGUCCAACGGCCAGCCCUGCGUGAUGGGCAAGGUCCAUGGCGUGGACAGCAUCUCAGACCCGCCCAGGGCACGGGUCAUGCGAAUGGACACCGGGGAGGAGCUGCUGGUGGACAUCCUGAGCGUGGACGACACGCCGAAGAAGCCUUUGCCCUGGGUCAUGGACGAGUUCGGCCGCGCCGUUGGGGAAGUCCGCGAGAAAGGUGCCGGGGUGCUCAAGGAUGGAGUCCUCGACACGGUGGACAUCGUCAAGGAGGGCGCCGUGGUGGCCUUCAACGGCGCCCAGCACCUGGGACGCAAGGGUUUUGCGGCGCUGGCCGGAAACGAACAAACGCCCGUGGAGCCUUUGGCGCCCUUCUGCCCCUCCUUGGAACAGAUGUACGGAGACCCAUACGGAGACAAUGACGUGACACCUGAGAAGAAGGUUAGCGCGGUGCCAAAAUUGAACCUGCCCGCCGCAAUGCCUGAGCCCAUUGUAAUCUCCUUGUCGCCAAGACCGGCGCACCAAAACGAGGAGGUCAUAGACUGA